UCGUGAUAUCGGUCUUUCACAUGUUUUGCGGCGUGCGUUGAAAUAGUUCGUGAAAAAUAAACAUUAAAUUCCGCUUAAGGCAUGGAUAUAGAUGAGCUAUUCGACUGCUUUGAUGAAGAGUCGCCGUCGGUGCCGCCACCAGCACUUAACCAGGAGGAGAAGCCAUCGGGAAGCGGUGGCUCCAAGAAAGGAAAUAAGCGCCAAGCGGCUGACACCAGUACCUCGAAAUCCUCGAAAGAAGCGGACGGCGAUGACAAAGGAGACGGCACUGAGGAGCCCACCAAGCGUCUGAAGCAGGAGGAGUCAACGGAUGCGGUGGGUGACGACAAUCCAGAUGACGAACCCACUCGUACCCUCGAUAUAGACGAUUCCGCGGCUCUGGAGGCCCUGCGGAACAGGAUUGUCACGCACUUGUUGGACGCUCCGAAGUCAUGCACCCAUGAGGUUGCCGCGCAUCCCGACCAGGAGUACAUACCCCUAAAGCCGUUCAGCGGCGUGCCUGCGAAGGAGUACCCCUUCGUGCUCGAUCCGUUCCAGCGCCAGGCGAUUCUGUGCAUUGACAACAGCCAGAGUGUUCUGGUUUCCGCCCACACGUCAGCCGGUAAGACGGUGGUGGCGGAGUAUGCCAUAGCAAAAUCAUUGGCCGCCAAGCAGCGUGUUAUAUACACCACUCCCAUCAAGGCUCUGUCCAACCAGAAGUUCCGUGAAUUCACCGAAGAGUUUAAGGACGUGGGUCUGGUCACCGGUGAUGUGACCAUAAAUCCAUCGGCCUCCUGUUUGAUCAUGACCACCGAGAUUUUGCGGAACAUGUUGUACCGUGGUAGCGAGAUCAUGCGCGAGGUGGGCUGGGUGGUCUUCGACGAGAUUCACUACAUGCGCGACAAGGAGCGCGGCGUCGUCUGGGAAGAAACGCUCAUCCUUCUGCCGGACAACGUGCGAUAUGUCUUUCUCUCGGCCACCAUUCCCAAUGCUCGACAAUUCGCCGAGUGGGUCUGCCACCUGCACAAGCAGCCAUGUCACGUGGUCUACACCGACUACCGUCCCACUCCUCUGCAGCACUACAUCUUCCCGGCCGGAGGCGAUGGCAUCCAUCUUAUCGUCGAUGAAAAGGGGCAGUUCAAGGAGGACAACUUCACCACAGCAAUGGCAGUGCUGGCCAAUGCAGGUGAGGCCGGCAAGGGAGAUCAGAAAGGACGCAAUGGGGGCAUUAAGGGAACUAAUGCCGGACAAACAAAUAUCUUUAAAAUAGUCAAGAUGAUAAUGGAGCGCAAUUUUGCACCGGUGAUCAUUUUUUCGUUCAGCAAGAAGGACUGCGAGAUCUACGCCAUGCAGAUGGCCAAGCUGGACUUCAACACUCCCGACGAAAAGAAACUAGUGGACGAGGUGUUCAACAAUGCUAUGGACGUGCUCACGGAGGAGGAUCGUCGCCUGCCGCAGGUGGAAAACGUGUUGCCGUUGUUGCGUCGCGGCAUUGGCAUCCAUCACGGCGGUCUGCUGCCCAUUCUAAAGGAGACCAUUGAGAUUCUGUUCGGCGAAGGUCUGAUCAAGGCCUUGUUCGCCACCGAAACCUUUGCAAUGGGCCUUAACAUGCCGGCUCGAACUGUGCUGUUUACGGCUCCGCGCAAGUUCGAUGGCAAGAACUUCCGAUGGAUCAGCUCUGGCGAGUACAUCCAGAUGGCGGGACGUGCCGGUCGACGAGGAUUGGAUGACAAGGGCAUCGUCAUUCUCAUGAUUGACGAAAAAGUUUCGCCGGCUGUUGGUCGUGAUAUUGUUCAGGGCAAGGCAGAUCCCAUCAAUUCGGCCUUCCAUCUUACAUACAAUAUGGUGCUAAAUCUCCUUCGCGUGGAGGAAAUCAAUCCGGAGUACAUGCUGGAACGCAGUUUCUAUCAGUUCCAAAAUCAAGCAGCACUGCCCGGCCUGCAUGACCAGGUGGAGCAGAAGACGCUGGAGCUGAAUAAGCUGACUAUCAAGGACGAGCACAACAUUGCCUCCUACCAUCACAUACGCUCUCAGCUGGAUCAGCACGGCAAGGAGUUCCGUCAGUGGAUAACGAAGCCGCAAUACCUUUUGCCGUUCCUACAGCCAGGUAGGUUGGUCAAGGUGGCCGCCGGCUCACAGGAGUACGACUGGGGGAUUGUGCUGAACUUCAAGAAGCAAGACCAAAGCCGCAAGAAUCCUUUAAAGGCUGAGCCCAGCGUCACGAUUGAUGUUUUGCUGCACGUCAGUGAAGCGGCCGCCAAAACCGGCGACACGGAGCCAUGCAAACCGAACGAACGUGGAUGCAUGGAGGUGGUGCCGGUGGCCCACACCCUCAUCACCCAGAUCAGCUCAAUUCGCGUGUACUUCCCCAACGAUCUACGCAGUGCUGACAAUCGGCGAGCCGUGCUAAAGACUAUCCAGGAGGCCAAGAAACGAUUCCCCCUGGGACCACCGGUCCUCAAUCCCAUCGACGACAUGAACAUCAAGGAUCGAGAUUUCCGCGAUAUUGUCAAUACCAUUGCCCAAUUUGAGAAGCGAUUGGAGGAGCAUCCGCUGCACAAGUCACCGGAACUGGAGCGUAUACACCGGCGGUACCAGGACAAGCUAACGCUACAAAAGCAGCUGCAAGACCUAAAGGCCGAGCUAAAGGCUGCCCGCAGUCUGCUGCAGAUGGAGGAACUGAAGCACCGCAAGCGUGUGCUCCGGCGCAUGGGCUACUGCAAGCCUGGCGACGUCAUCGAGUUCAAGGGUCGUGUUGCCUGCGAACUGAGCUCGGCGGAUGAGCUGCUCAUGACCGAGAUGAUCUUCAACGGAGUAUUUAACGACCUCACCGCUCCGCAAGCCGUGGCUCUCCUCUCCUGCUUCGUUUGCGACGAGAAGUCCAGCGAGUCGGUGAAAAGCGCCACGGAGCUAUCGGGCCCACUGCGCUCGAUGCAGGAUCUGGCGCGGCGCAUUGCCAAGGUGUCCACGGAAUGCAAACUCGAUCUGGACGCCGAUACGUACGUGGACAAGUUUAAGCCCUUCCUAAUGGACGUGGUGCUGGCGUGGUGCAAGGGCUCCAGCUUCCUUGCGGUCUGCAAGAUGACCGACAUCUUCGAAGGCUCCAUCAUCCGCUGCAUGAGGCGACUGGAGGAGCUUCUGCGCCAGAUGUGCCAGGCCUCGAAGACCAUUGGCAACACGGACCUGGAAAACAAGUUCUCCGAAGGAAUAAGGCUGCUCAAGCGUGACAUUGUCUUUGCCGCGUCGUUGUAUCUGUAAGAUUCUAGGAAAAUCUAUUUUAAGGCCUAACUUCCACUUCCAUUCCAAUCGUAUUUUAUUGGAAUCGGAUUUGUUUCUUAGCUCCAUUAAGAUGUUUCCUAGCUUGAUGUUUGGUCAUAGAUUUAGUUUUCGAAGCUUGCGAUUAUUCAUUGAUUAACAUACCGACAACCUUUGUAAAUUUGUUUAAUGAUAAAAAGUUAUUUUAUCCUCGGUUAAUAAAAUAAAUAUGACCAUGAGGUCUAACAAAUAUUAACUUCGAAA